CCUAGUCCGAUGACGAGUCGCUUCCGCUACCCUGCUUUUCCCUCAGGUUCUAUGAAGGAGGCUUCGCCGGAGGAGGCUGUAGCUGUACGAGCGGUGUUUUGGGACAUGGACAAGUGUCCGCUUCCCGAUGGCUUUGAUCCUUGUCGGGUCCGUCCGUGUAUAAAACAGUGUUUGGAGGAGUAUGGCUACCACGGUCCUUUCAGCAUCCUUGCCUUUGGCGUACUAGACAAAGUUCCUAAUGACAUCCUGAGAGGAGUCUAUUCCACUGGAAUCGCUCUUACUAACAUCCCCGACUGCGAUUUCAUGAAUACUUUGUCAUUUAUUUGUGACUUUACUAUCAAGAAUCCACGUCCAGCUACUAUUAUUGCUUUGUCUGAUCCCGACCUUGAAAUAUCUAACUACAUACGAAGAUAUAAGGGAUACAACUUACUUCAGCCGAAGUUCUGUGAUCUUCUGGCAUCAUCAGAUUCGGUGGUACCGGAGGAGGAAACAUCUGACUCUCCCUACUGGGAGUGCUUAGUAUGCCGCCGUGACCCUCCUAGCCAAGGCUUUGACAAUUUCACCGCCCAUCUCUCGACUGAAGAACAUCAGGAGAUGAUAUUGUCCUGGUUGCCCAAUCCUCCUCGGUGUGUACCCUCAGCUCCCCUUGAUUCUCAUCCGGCCAAUGUUACUUUCAUGGAGCCGUUGGAUCAGUCCUCGGACCAGGAGGAGGCUGUAUUAACCAAAGUGCUUUGGGACAUCAAUAAGUGUCCUGUUCCCCAUGGCUUUAAUCCUCGUCUUGUCGGUCCGUGUAUUAAACGGUUUUUAGAGAGUUCUCGCUACCCUGGCCCUUUCUCCAUCGUUGCCAUUGGCCUACUUUCAGACGUUCCUGAAGAUACCCUACGAGCUGUCUCUUCCACUGGAAUCGUUGUUCUUCAUAACGUCGCUAACGGUUCCGCUGCCCUUCAGAAUACUGUUUUUGAGCUCGCGCUUAGUAGACGACCUCCACUUAAUAUCAUUGUCAUAACCCCUAUGGCCUCUGAUCUUUUUCUCCACAAUGGAAUAUGCAACGUUGAUGUUCGUGAUACUCUUGGAAGUGUACUUCUGGCAGAUUCAGCAGCACUUGAGGAGGAGGAUAAGGGCAAUGAAACGGGUGAAUCUGCCUGCUGGUUUUGCUCAGUAUGCUGCCAUGGUCAUGCUUUCCAAGGCUAUGAAAAUUUAACCACGCAUCUCUCUGGUAGAGCACACCAACGGAAGAUGUUGGACUGGUUGCCUCGUCUGACGAAUGCUUCCAACGCUGGUAGUGGAACAACCAGUCAAAGUGCAAGAAGCCGAGGACGUGCAGGAGAAGAGUACCGUAUCCCUGCUUCUAUUUCUAAUUUAGUGAUACCGCCUUGGUGA